AUGGAGGAGGAGUCGACUAUCGGUGCUGGACAUUCGCCACAGGGCGGCCCACGAUGGCGUACCACCCGCGGCAAACGAGCCGCCGGGCAUACCGGAGAGGCUAGCUGGGCCAGUAGCGUGAUCAAUCUGGUCAAUACGAUCAUCGGUGCUGGUGUCCUUGCGAUGCCACUCGCGAUUUCGCAUAUGGGAAUAGUCCUCGGUGUGUUAGUGAUAUUGUGGUCUGGGGUGACCGCGGGGUUCGGACUUUAUCUGCAAUCCAGAUGCGCACAAUAUCUCGAUCAAGGCAGUGCAUCAUUCUUCGCGCUAUCGCAGCUGACAUACCCAAAUGCUGCGGUUGUGUUUGAUGCAGCGAUUGCGAUCAAGUGCUUUGGUGUUGGUGUGAGCUACCUGAUCAUUAUCGGUGAUCUUAUGCCAGGGGUGGUCCAAGGUUUCGUCGGAGGAGAGCCAGUCUAUGACUUUUUAGUCGACCGUCAUUUCUGGGUCACUGCGUUCAUGUUGAUUGUGAUUCCUCUAUCUUACUUACGUCGGCUUGAUUCGCUCAAGUACACCAGCAUUGCUGCCUUAGUCUCCAUGGCCUACCUGGUUGUCCUUGUCGUCUAUCAUUUUGUCAAAGGGGACACUAUUCCCGAGGGAGGGCCAAUUCGAGUGAUUCAUUGGGCUGGUGCCGUGCCCACCCUCAGCAGCCUGCCAGUGAUAGUUUUUGCCUUCACUUGCCAUCAAAAUAUGUUUUCCAUUUUGAACGAAAUCAAGAAUAAUAGUCAUUUCCGGACGACGGGUGUGGUUCUUGCUAGCACUGGUAGCGCCGCCGCAACUUACAUUCUCGUCGCAAUCACGGGCUAUCUCUCUUUCGGCAACAAAGUUGGGGGCAACAUUAUCGGCAUGUAUCCCCCAGGUGUGGCUGCCACAAUUGGCCGCGCUGCGAUCGUCAUGCUGGUUGUUUUCUCUUAUCCCCUGCAAUGCCACCCCUGCAGGGCAUCUGUAGAUGCUGUUCUCAAGUGGCGUCCAAUGUCGCAGCCAUCUGGUAAUGAAGCCUCUCCGCACAGACACCCCCUUCUGGGACCGCGCGGGAAUCGCAUUCCCGAGCCCAUGAGUGACGUUCGCUUCUCGGUCAUCACCACCACGAUCCUCAUCAUGAGUUACAUUGUGGCCAUGACAGUGUCUUCGCUCGAAGCAGUGCUUGCUUACGUUGGAAGCACUGGUAGUACUAGCAUCAGCUUCAUUCUGCCUGGUCUUUUCUAUUACAAAAUCUCCUCGCCUGAUUCUCCGACCCACCGGGGCUUGAUGAAAGAGGACGAUGAGGUCGUGGAUGAGUUGUCUGAUGAAGAUGAUAAUGCAGAUGCCCAAGGCGAAGGGUCUCUUGCACGCUCGUUGACGGAGAGCGGGUUGUUGCUUCGGAAUACUCGACAUUGGCGCAAGGCUCUCCUUCGGCGCCUUAGUCUUGCAUUGGCUUUAUACGGCUUAGUGGUCAUGGUUGUCUGCCUCAUCACCAACACAUUCUUCAUUGCCUCACAUUGA